GGCAAAUGGAGAUUGCAAAUAACCGUUGAUGAUAUUACAUUUCAGAGUCUGGCACAACCUGUUAGUAAUCGCAAGUGCAGAUUGUAUUAAAGUUUAUAUUCUUGAAAGAAAGGAGAACGAAUACAACUUUCGUUUAAGAAAUAUGACUAAAGAGCUAACAAAGGAUUUGUUUUUUAGUUGUAGUUCAGUCAGUGUUUGGGACAGAAAGUGUGUGUUUCACUUAAGGUACCCCAACCAGUUAUCGAUUGUGAUUUAUGAUUUGGAUGACCUUCAACCUCAAGUGUUUCAAGUGUCACAUGGACCAUCAAAAACAACUAAUCAAAAAUCCAUGACUGAUAUACGUAUAUUUGGUGAUUGCAUUUUAUUCACAAUUGACGAAGAGCUAUAUGUCUUCAACACCAAAACUGGGGAGCAGGUAAUGCUGAAGAUCGAGGGAGCUAAGGGGGUAGCAAGGUACACAUUAUGUGGAGACUUGCUAGUGAUGCACCAUUAUCGGCCAUUCAAGGAAUACAUUCGCAGGAUCAACUCCAGCGGGCAGAAGGACCCAAUUUGGUUUACGUGGACUGAUGAAAUUUGUGGCAGCUUCCAAGCUGGUUUAUUUGAUUUCCAUCGUAGUACCCUAGUUUUGCCUGCUUUUGAAUCACAGCUGUGUAGUACUAGCACUGACGGAUAUAACAUGAUAAGUUACGGUAAAGGAGGUGUACUUUUAAUUGGUAAACUUUCACAAAAAAUAAACUACUAUGUAAACUGAAGUGUAUAUGGGUAUAAUAUACAGAUAUCAGAUCGUUUGAAGGACGUAGUCCAACAUAUUGAACUUGGAAAGAAGUAAAAUUAAUUACUUCUCCAUUGUAUACAAUCUGAUGUGUGUAGUAAAUGUCAAUAAUCUCUUGAAUAUUUUGAUAACUUCACCUUCCUCGGUAGCAUCGGGUAAUCUGUUUGAUGCUGAAGUAGAAUGCUCGUAUUGCAAAAGUCAGUGCUGCUGUAGCAGACUAAAGGCCAACUCAGACAGCGUCGGCCGACGCAGCCCGACCCGAUUUAUCGUCGGGGACAGUCAUAAGCCGUCGUGAGAAAUAUUAAACAUGUUAUAUUCCACGAAGCGACAACAAAUCGCGUCGGGCUGCGUCGUACGACGCUGUCUGAGUUGGCCUUAACACGUUUGAAACGUAAAAUAUACGAUUUCCCCAUUGUGUAUGUUCUGUUAAACCUUACAAGCCAGAGGUGGUAGUCAAUUUACAUUUUCCCAUCAAGUAGGCAAAAUCUUGUAUCGAUUACAGAGUGCAAUUUAUAAAUUAGUAAUGGGAGUUACUCAUCAUGUACCAAAGGCCUGGCUUGGUACAAUAGAAGGACAUCUUUUGAAAUACAAUUUUAUUUAUAAAAAAUAAACAGUGAAACUUCACUACCAAAACGGAAUAAACAUUUUGAAUUGGUAUCCAAAGCAAAGCAUAGAAGUCACUUCCAAAAAUUGUGUUAAUUUAGUGACAUAUACUUUCUAUAUCAGAUCUCUAUUAUUAAGUUUCUAUGAUUAGUAGUUCCUUGUAUAGUGGUCAAAUGUCAGUAUAGGGCAGGGGCGGAUCCAGAAAUUGGGGACUGGGGUCUGCUCCCUCUAAAUUCGCCCUUUCCUUUCUAUUUCUAGAUUGUGUUACCAACCAAAAAGUACAGUAUUGUCAAAUUCACUGCACCCCAAAGUGCAUACAAACCCCAACUGGAGUAAUUAUUUAUUUAAUGUAUGUAUAAUAUAAUAGUAGGCCUUAAAAAAAGAUUUUUUUGAGUGUCUUAAAAUUGUUUUUUAAAAAUCAAUCAUAAGCCUGAUAGAAUACCAGAAUGAUGACACUGUGCCAACCUAUCAUGUAGGUAUUUAACAUGAAUACAUUUUCACGUUAUUUUGGAAGGGUGACUUUUCUAAAUGUAAUGUAGUUGAUAAUACUUUUCUAUAAUAAAAAAUAUAUAUAUUUUGUAUACAGGUAAUAAUAGGGUUUUCAAUUUUUAGAAUUUUCAUAAAUGAAAUAUAUAUAUUUAUGGAUUUUUUGUAGUUAACUUGUAAUUCAUAUAUGGCGGCAAAAGGUUGUUAAUCUUACCGAAUGACUCAGCUUGAAUUGGCGGCACCAGAGAUUCCCCGAUUAUGCAUCCAAGGUACCUUACAAGGAAUAGCCACCCACAGAAAUAUAAACAAAAAAUUAGGCUCCUGGGGGGAGCAUGUGUCUAGACCAGCCGUGUAGUUAUUCUUACCGCAGUUUUUGUAGUAAUCCACCCAACUACAAUUAGGUUUGAAACAGAGCAUACCCUUCAUGAAUGUAUUAUUAUAACCAAGCUGCUUAUAAUGCUUGUUAGUAUCACGGUAUGCAAACUCUGGUGUGUUAAAUUAAGUUCGCUUAACUACAGACGAUGGGUUGUUUGCAACCUCUAAAGUACCUCUUUCCUUGGCCUCAUUCCAUAAUUCAAAUUUCGAGGCAUCUCACGAGCUUAAUCUCCCCAUGGCCAAUAAUUUUCUAAAUUGACGAUCAUACCAUCGCCAAUCCCCCUUUAGGGCAGCCAUCCUUCUAACAUUGUUUGAAUGCUUCAAUACCGCUUGCAUAUAUAAGGGGUUGUUCCGACUGUUGUUCCCCUUGACAUAAAAUGGCUGUAAACACCGUAAAAAGGACUGUCCACUUACUUAUACUCUUCAUGUUUAUUCGCAGGAACCCAAGUGGCCAUCAAAAUCCCACCUUUGUUCACCAUUCUUUGCUCGCAUUCCAUAUUUUUGCUAGUGUACCCUUAUUUCAUUUCAGCUCUACGUAUUCCCCUGCCCAUAUCUUACGUUUAAUUUCAAAGUCAAUUAAAGCAGCAAGAGUUGCGAAAAUUUGAACCUAGAACACCCAGAUUUCAGGCUAAACAUACACACACAAGCAAUUGUAAGAUAUCAGUUUUCUUUCGCCCGGGUGGGAGGGAUUGGGGUUCCCCCCUGUAAGAGCAUUUAUGUAUUACUGCAGAACAGGGGAAUAUGCAGACAGGCGCGUAACAUGGGUCAUGGGUUGGGGGAGGGGGACAAAGGUAAUAUUUUCCAAGGUUGGUAAUUUAAAGAUGUGCAAUUUUUAGAGGAAAUUGGCCCACUAUAGCAUCAUACUAACAUUUAUUUUCCUCUAUUGACAUGAGUUACAGAAACAAUAUACAAUAUGAUAAAAGAAAAAAAUGAGAAUGAGAACAUGCAAUGAAAGAAGGUUCGGUCCCGAAAAGAAAAGUCUUGAGUUGGGCAAGCCUGAAAAAAAUAUGAAAACUCGUUGGACAAUAAUAACUGAAUUAAUAAAUAAU